AUGAUAGCUGGUAUAACCAUUUCUGACCACAGACCAACCCUUAUUAGCAUUACUUCCUCUGAUAAUACAUCUUCCCCUCCCCCUUUCAGAUAUCUAAAUAUGUGGUCUUCCCAUCCUUCCUACAACUCCUACAUUGCUGACCUUUGGAAUGGAAUUUCCCAUACUGACCCAUUCAUUAAACACAGUUUGUUGGAAAUUAAAAUUGUCAAAGCCCAUAGGAAAUGGAGUUGGGGUGCAUUUGGAAAUGUCCUCACUAAAGUUCAAGAGCUAGAAGAGGAAGUAACAAGAAUGGAGCAAGAUGAACAAGAAGGAAUGAAAGCUGCUAUUAAUAUCUUCACUGAUGGGGACAGAAACACCAAAUUUUACCAUUCUGAUAUCAAAUACAAAAGGAAAUGUAAUACUAUAUCUGCUAUUGAAAAUGUUGAGGGGAUGUGGCUACAUGAGAAUGCUGAAAUAGCUAAUGAUGCAGUAAGUUGUUUUAAAAACCUACUGAAUCAAGCCAAUAAUCACAGAAUCCCUAUUCAUCCAAAUUAUUUCUAUGCUGAGCUGAAUUAUACAGUAAAUCUAAAACUUACUGAAAUUCCAGAUGAAGAGGAGAUUUGGAAGGCUAUAAAUUCUAUAAAUAGCAACAAAGCAGCUCACCCUGAUGGUUUCACUGCUGAGUUCUAUAAAAAGUCUUGGGAUAUUAUUAAGCCUGAGGUUAUAGCUGUUGUGGCUAGUUUUUUUCCAAGGAAAUAA